CAGCCUCUCAGCUAGGAAGAAAAUGGCCAUACCUCCGGCAUAUGCUGAUUUAGGAAAGUCUGCCCGAGACAUCUUCACUAAAGGAUAUGGAUUUGGGUUCAUUAAACUUGAUUUGAAAACGAAAUCAGAAAACGGACUGGAAUUUACAAGCUCAGGAUCAGCGAAUGCAGAGACUAACAAAGUUGCUGGCAGCUUGGAAACCAAAUACAAAUGGGCAGAAUAUGGCCUUACUUUCACAGAAAAGUGGAAUACAGAUAACACAUUAGGGACAGAGAUCACUGUAGAAGACCAGCUUGCAAAGGGUCUGAAGCUGACAUUUGACUCUUCAUUUUCUCCUAACACAGGAAAGAAGAAUGCAAAAGUCAAGACUGCAUACAAGCGAGAGCACCUUAACAUUGGCUGUGACAUGGAUUUCGAUAUUGCUGGCCCAUCAGUGCGGGGAGCUGCAGUGUUUGGCUAUGAGGGAUGGUUAGCUGGCUACCAAAUGACUUUCGAAUCCUCAAAGUCCAGAGUCUCCCAAAGCAACUUUGCAGUUGGAUACAAAACUGAUGAAUUUCAGUUGCAUACCAAUGUAAAUGACGGUACAGAGUUUGGUGGUUCUGUAUAUCAGAAGGUUAAUGAUAAACUGGAAACUGCAAUCAACCUUGCAUGGACAGCAGGAAACAGCAAUACACGCUUCGGAAUAGCAGCCAAAUAUCAAAUCGAUAGUGAUGCUUCGUUUUCAGCUAAAGUGAAUAAUUCAAGUCUUAUUGGUUUAGGAUACACUCAGACUCUUAAGCCUGGUAUCAAAUUAACGUUAUCCACAUUGCUCGAUGGCAAGAACAUAAAUGCCGGAGGUCACAAACUGGGUCUAGGACUGGAAUUUGAAGCAUAAAGAUGUCCUAUAGAACAAUUGCAUUGUCCCGAUGUUCUGCAACAUAGAAACCAUAAAAUUUUAGUGCACCUUGUAUGUUCUGUGUCUGGUAUGCAAACAACCCACUAUGUCGAUUACUAUUGAUUCCCUGGAAAAACAAACACAAGUGUGUGUGACAGAGUUAUUGCUGCUGUGAGAAAUGGUGAGAGAAACUCUAGGGUACAGAUUUUACAAAUCCAGGCCAGCCUGGAAAUACUUCAUAGCUGCUUAUUUAUACACGUGUUGCUAAACAACAGAGUAUUAAAGGCCUUUUUUUUAAUAACCUAUAGAGCAGAAUUUAUUGACACUACUAACGGACUUUUAGAUGAAACAAACAAUUCCUUUAGUAAGAAUUCAUUGUUCGGAACUAGGAAGUUACGGUCCUGCAUCAACAUCACGGGUGCAGGAUCAGAGUUUUGUCAUAUGCACAACGUGUAUAUUUAGCACUUGAACAAAGCAGGGACUUAAAGUGAACUAUUUCAUACACUGUUAAAAGUCUUAUUAAAAAUGUGUUUAUUAUAAAUAUCUGUAGCCCAUAAGAAGAUAUCCCAUAUUAUCGGUGCACACAAAGAACGAGCCAGUGACAAUACUUGAUUCCCUUCCCAUAAAGAGUACUGGACAGCUUGACAGAGCCAUAUGCAAGGGAAGAAUCUUUUAUUCUUUAUACACAUACUUACAUGUUUGAUUGGUUUUUACCCUACCCCAGUUUUAUUUUCAUUUUUUAGAAAAUGUAGUGUCUUCCAUUCUGUAGAUCCCUGAUACUGUUCACAACAUCACCUGUAAUAAAGUCCGAGUACAAGAUAA